ACAAGCUGCUGCGGCAACGAGUCCCUUCUAAUAAAAACGUCUCCGUGUUCUACCGCAUCCGGAGACCGAGCGCGACCCCACCUCCCGGAUCUCAUCUUCGUCGACCUCCCUCCCUCCCGAUCCCGCCUCCCCGCCGCCGGGCGCCGGCGCCUACCCCUCCGCCACUGCUGCCGUCUCCCCCACCGAGGUCUUGUCUCCGGCGAGCGAGCCGGAGCCCGCGGCGGCGACGAUGUACGGGUGGGAGAUGCUGUCGUUCAACAUACACGAUGGGUUCCUGGAGGCCAUCGUGCGGGGCAACCGCUCGGGUCUCCUCACCGCCGCCGACUACAACAAUCUCUGCCAGUGCGAGACCCUCGACGACAUUAAGAUGCACCUCACCGCUACCGAGUACGGGCCCUACCUCCAGAACGAACCUUCACCCUUGCACACAACGACGAUUGUGGAGAAGUGCACUCUUAAACUGGUCGAUGAGUACAAGCACAUGCUGUGCCAGGCCACUGAACCACUAUCUACGUUCUUGCAGUAUAUAACUUAUGGCCACAUGAUUGACAAUGUUGUCCUUAUUGUAACUGGGACACUACAUGAGAGAGAUGUUAAUGAACUUUUGGAGAAAUGCCACCCAUUGGGCAUGUUUGACAGCAUUGCAUCACUUGCUGUUGCUCAAAACAUGCGUGAGCUUUAUAGACUGGUUCUAGUCGAUACACCACUGGCCCCUUACUUCUCAGAGUGCAUUACAUCUGAGGAUUUGGAUGACAUGAAUAUUGAGAUUAUGAGGAACACUCUCUACAAAGCAUAUCUUGAGGACUUCUACAAAUUUUGCCAGAAACUAGGUGGUGCAACAGCUGAGAUCAUGUGUGAUCUCCUUUCAUUUGAAGCUGACAGAAGAGCUGUUAACAUUACUAUAAAUAGUAUUGGUACUGAGUUGACAAGAGAUGACCGCAGGAAGCUGUACUCCAACUUUGGUUUAUUGUACCCAUAUGGUCACGAAGAACUGGCCGUUUGUGAAGAUGUUGACCAGGUUCGUGGUGCAAUGGAGAAGUACCCACCAUACCAGUCUAUAUUUUCCAGGAUUUCAUACGGAGAAAGCCAGAUGUUGGAUAAGGCAUUUUAUGAGGAGGAAGUCAAGAGGCUAUGCUUGUCCUUUGAGCAGCAGUUCCACUAUGCUGUGUUCUUUGCUUACAUCAGGCUCCGUGAGCAAGAGAUCAGAAACCUGAUGUGGAUCUCUGAAUGUGUCGCUCAGAACCAGAAGUCCCGGGUCCAUGACAGUGUGGUGUUCAUCUUCUGAGAACCCCCACCGCUAUAUAUGUACAAAAUGCCUGCUUUGAUGCUGGCACAAUUGCUUGCCUAUUAUAAACCUGGGACUUAUUAUUAUGCCCAUUCCCUCUUGUUAGAUGCCGACGAAAAAAAAGGGCAGACCUGGAGUCGAUGUAUUAUUUGUUUUGUAGUCAAAUAAAGGUGUGAUUGUCUGGUACACAGAAUAAAAUCUUGUCUAUUCUUUAGAAUAAGUGAAAUUUUGUGUAUUUUGGGACAGACCUUCAUUGUCAAUGUGCAGUAUGCUGUUAAUCUUG